CUGCAUUCCACCCGGACUAGUAAAUGCAUCUCGAGCGCGAUGGAGAGCUGCCGGCCGUCAAGGUUGAAGAUGUUGUCGACAUUGCGCGCGCUGCCGGAGACGUGAUCAUGGGCGUUUACUCCACAGAUCCGAAGACGUGGGAAAGUCGCUCCAAGUCCGAUGACACCCCGGUAACGAAAGCAGACGUCAUGGCAGACGAGCUCAUCUGUUCGAGGCUACGCAGCGCGUACCCUGAUAUCCCUAUAAUAUCGGAGGAGAGCGAGAAACUUCCCUACGAGGAGCGCCGAGGACACGACUAUUGCUGGGUGGUUGAUCCUUUGGAUGGAACGAAGGAAUUCGUCAAGCGCACCGGAGAUUUCGCGUUGAUGAUUGGCCUUUGCUUUCACGGGAAGCCGGUCCUCGGAGUCGUCCACGCGCCGGCACAGGAAACACCCAAGACCUAUUACGCCGCAUCCGGGCAGGGGGCGUUCGUCUUGGAAGGCGGCCGAGAGCUGUGCGGGGAGGGGCUCGGGAAGAGCAAACGCAUCAGCGCACGGACCUUUGGCGUGCGCGACUCUGGGUUGAGGCUGGCGGUGUCGAGUUCCAGGCCCCCGCGGGAGUUCAUUGCGUCAUGUGACAGUCCCGUGACAUCCAGCAUCGGUUCCGCCGCUCUCAAGGCGGUCGCAGUGGCGGACGGGACCGUCGACAUGUUCCCCUGCUUGUACUCCACAAGCGAGUGGGACACAUGCGCCCCGCAAGUCCUAGUGGAGGAAGCCGGGGGCGUCGUCCUUCCCUUGGACGGCACGGGAGACGUCGGGAUGGCCGACGUAGCAGCGCUGCAUCUGCUGUUGCGCGCCGAGAAGGCGCCGGCUGCUGCGGCCGUUUCUGCUGAGUCUGCGGCCGCCGGCGGUGAUGCUUCGGUCGGAACGAAAUCUUCGCCGACAGGCAGCGGCGAGUUGCAUCUCUCGUACAACAAGGCGGACCUUUUGAGCCCGCGUUGUGUGUUCCUCGGUCGUUGCACCACGUAAAGGCCGAUGGGUGUUUAAAGAAUGUAUCCACCUGUGCAGAUGCUUUUGUUGUUAGCACCAACUAGCAUCACUGAUGUAACUCAGUGUACUGGCUUACACAAGCUCAAAAUAUGCCCAGUUUCCAGUCGGUGUCAAUCCACUUAUUGGUGAAGAGACUUCAACACAUCCCUUUCGACUGAGGUUAUAUCUCGAACGGGUAGUCUUUCUUUGAGGUUAUGUUUGCUUAAUUAAAAAUAUGGCGCGUAUCCUUCACACGCGUGCAUGCGCAUGGUUGCGAAGGUCCGCACAGGGGGUGUUUCCCCCAUUACUUGUGUUCCUGUUGGGCAUUCCGCGUGUAACGAUUCUGGUAAGACUUGUGCUCUUGUGGGAUAGAUGAAGCACAGGCAGGCGUGGUGUGGCGGCGGUAAGCCAGCGAGGGGUGGUGUUCUAGAAUGCGAAACUGCGUGGCGCCAAAUGAUUCACCUUGCACUGUGCAUACACAAGAGAGGAAAGAGCUGGUGGUCCGUUUUCGGAUUCCAAAUUGAAAUGGGACCCGAUGGAACAGGUGUGGACUAGAAGUCUUCUUGUCGGUCUUUUCAUAGUCUUUCGUGUGUUUCGUCGAAGAUGGGUAGGAACGACGCCCAAUGAAGAC